AUGGGCCUUACUCAGGAGGCCAUUAGAGUGCACUGUGACAGCCAGAGUGCACUUCUAUUAGCACAGAACUCCGUCUAUCAUGCAAAGACAAAGCACAUCGACAUUCGAUAUCAUCAGAUCAGGGAGCUUAUGGAGGAUGGCGAGGUGGAGCUGAUAAAGGUACACACCAAGGAGAACCCAGCUGAUGCACUUACGAAGGGGAUCUUCGAUGGUUGGAAGAACUCCAACCAUGCCUUCAAGGGUAUGCUCCUUGAUGAGGGUCUGAAGGAGACCAAGGAGGACUGCAUGGAACAACAGAAACAAAUGGUUUCUACUUUUGUGAAGGAGGGGCAUUAUGUAGCGACUAUCAUAACUAAGUUGAAUGAUGUUGAAAAAGAACUAGCCGAAGCAAGGGAGAAGGAAAGGUUGGCUAAGGCUAGAGCAGCUGCGAUGGAGGUGGAUGCAGUCCGAUCGAAAAAUAAGUUGAAGAAAAUCGAAGCCACGUUGGCCUUAGAGAAAAAAGAGAGGUUGGAGGCACAAGCCAUGAUAAUCGACAUGGAGCAGAAGGCCCAAGAAUAG